UACGCGACUCCGGCAUCAGUACUGGUUCUUACCUCCAAGCGACCAAAUGAGGCACAAAUAAGAGCGCACGCACAACAGCUCUUGAUACCACACAAAAGCUAUCAAGUUGCAUUUCAACGAUCUAGUCAAUACUUGCAGUAUAUAUCGAACUACACAGAGACGCAAGAUGCUGGUUGGUGGUGCAGUUAGUUACGUCGCUGGAAAGCAGGCGGUCCGCACGGUCUAUUGGAGGACUGCGAACAACGGUCGUCUUCUCAAGACAGCGAAAACCUGCAUGUUUCAAGGACCGCCCAAGCCCGCGCCAUCAUCAACCGCGGCUUCUUCGGUGUGCCCCGCUCAGUCACACAUGAACCUGAUACCCAAAGUCAUUUGAAAACUGCCAGACAAAGCCAUGUACCAGCAUGAAAGUUAUUCGUUAUAUACAGCAUAUUGUACAUAAAAAAAUAAUUAUUUAAUCUCACAAAAUAUUUAUGAAAUACUGAUGACGAUGCAAUAAAGCAACUAUUAUUUAUUUCUUAUAAA